UGAACUGCCCCGUAGCUCCGGCUCUGCUCAACAGCCUGCGGCUAGAACACCCAGCUAGAUUAAGCUCAUCACCAAAUCAACGGAAUAGUUUCAACUGGCUUUAAUUGUUUCUAAGGAAGACCGUUGAUGAGUAAUAUCACCGAUAACUAACAAGACAGAGUAGAGGUGAGGUGGUGUGUUAUUUUGAAGGAACACGUUUUAGAGGGACAUGAACCUCGCUGCAUGAGAUUUGGAGGAGAAUAGUUCCGGGCGCUCGGUUGUCACGGUGGACUGGACGGUGGCGAAGGUUUUGCGAGAGAGUGGUCAGUAAAUGCAGUUAUGAUUAAGGUUCUCGGACAGUAAAGAAAAAAAAGCCUUCUCCCCUAGGGUCUAUUUUGGGUGGCAAAGUUAGCCUUUGUGUUGUUCGAAAACACCACUUUCUGUUACUUAGGAGGGACGUUUUCAGAACAUGUGGCUUUGAGGGACACAUUCUAGACACACUUUUAGGAGAUUUAGAAAAAGGAAUCUGAGAGGAAAAACAGAGGUUGCCAGAGCCAAACAUGAUGUGGAUGCUCCUGAGCUGCUUCCUAGCAUGGACCCUGGUGCCUCUUCUGAGCGCACAGCUACACGUGGACACCCGAGCUGGCUGCAGUACGACCGCCAACGACCUGGUGUACAUCGUCGACGGCUCCUCCAGUCUGGGACUGGGAGACUUCCAGCUCGCCAAGCGGUGGCUCGUCAACAUCACCAACAGCUUCGACAUCAGCUCCCACCACACACAGGUGGGACUGGUGCAGUACAGUGACACGCCCCGCCUUGAAAUCCCAUUGGGCAAGCACCUGUCCAAUCAGGAGCUGGUGGCUGCGAUCGAGGACAUUGGCUACCUGGGAGGAAGUACAAAGACUGGGCGGGCCAUAAAGUUCGCGACCCAGCAUGUGUUUGCCUCGUCCAAUCGAACGCGGACAGCCAGGAACCGCAUCGCUGUGGUGUUGACAGAUGGGCGGAGUCAGGACGACGUCGUGGACGCCGCUCUGGAGGCAAAGGCUCAGAACAUUAUUCUGUUUGCUGUGGGAGUCGGUAGUGAGAUUGACAGCUCUGAGCUGGAGUCCAUCGCUAAUAAGCCGGCAUCUACCUACGUCCUGUAUGCGGAGAACUAUGCAGCCAUCGCCAACAUCAGAGAUAAACUGGAACAAAAACUGUGUGAAGAAUCGGUGUGCCCCGUAGAGACGACCGAUUCCUCGGCCCCGUUCAGAGGCUUCGAUCUUCUCUCUAGGAUGAAGAUUGACCUGAAGGCCAAGAAGGUGCAGGGAUCCAUCAUGUUUCAACCUGCCUAUCUGCUCAACACCAAACUGGACUUCACUGAUAUGACAAGGUCCAUACUCCCCGAGGGCCUACCCCGGGCCUACGUGUUCGUUGCCACGCUGCGUCUGAGGAGCCCGUGCCACAAGAUGAAGCUGGACCUGCUGCGCGUCGUGUCCGGGGACGGGCGGGUCCAGACGGCCGUGACGCUGAACGGCGUCUCCAGAUCUGUGAUCUUCACCACCACCAGCCUCAGCAAAAAGGAGCAGAGCAUCGUCUUCAACAACAAAGGCAUACAGAGGUUGUUUGACACUGAUUGGCAUCAGCUGAAGGUGUUGGUUCGGUCCGGACGCGUCAUCUCCUACCUGGACGGGGUGAAGGUCGAAGAACAGCUCUUGGGCGCCGUCACUCCCAUCUACAUCGACGGGAAGAUUCAGGUCGCCAAGAAGGUCAAGAUGGAGGCAACUGUGCCGUUGGAGCUGCAGAAGAUGAGGCUGUACUGUGACCCUGAACAAAAUGACAAGGAGACAGCGUGUGAAAUCUUCUCUGUGGAGGAUGACAGGUGUCCACUCAACCGUGAGCCUGCAGCCAGCCAGAGCUGUAACUGUCCAAUGGGAAAGCGGGGAUCGACCGGAUUACCGGGACCAAUGGGCUUCAGAGGGGAGAAGGGGAGAGAGGGCCCACCGGGACCUGACGGAAAGCCUGGUAAGCCAGGGCUGCCAGGAUUGGCCGGAGAUCCUGGAAAGACUGGCCUGAAAGGAGAAUGGGGAGAGCCCGGACUCAGAGGGGAGUCUGGACUCAAUGGGACCAAAGGGGAGAUGGGGUCUCCGGGUACCCCCGGCCCCCCAGGACCACCUGGCCCUGUAGGACCUGGGUUUGAGAUACUGAAUACUUUGGAGCAGCAAGGGACAGGAACGAAGGCGUUGGCUUCAGGAUCUCAGGGUCCAGUCGGACCACCUGGGCCACAGGGAGAACCCGGCCCACAAGGAAAGGAUGGCUUGGCUGGAUCUGCUGGAGCAAAGGGAGAUAAGGGGGAGGCCGGGGUCCCAGGAGUUUUGACCGGCGGUCAGGUGGCCAUUGGCGCACCCGGAGAGGCGGGACCACCGGGCGCCCCCGGGGCCACAGGCCCCCCUGGAGGCGAUGGACGACAGGGCCCGAAGGGCGGUCCAGGCACUGCAGGGACCAGCGGUCUACCAGGACUUCAAGGAUUGAAGGGAGACCAAGGGCAUGCUGGGAACAUGGGGUUGCCUGGCAACAGAGGACUUGGUGGAACAAAAGGGGAGAAGGGAGAUACUAGUGUUCCGGGUCCAGACGGGAAGCCUGGCCCACCGGGCACAGAUGGAGAGCCUGGGAGCCCUGGCGUGGUGGGCCCUGCUGGUCCUGUCGGUGGAAAAGGAGAAAGGGGGGCUGCGGGGGUUCCUGGUGCCAGGGGGGCCGAGGGGAGGACGGGUGCAGACGGGCACCCAGGACACGAGGGCAUCCGGGGCGUCCCGGGGCAGGACGGGUCGCCAGGGCAACCAGGAGUCAACGGCUACCCGGGGACUCCAGGAAAGGGACCAUCAGAUGAGCAGUUAAUGAAGCUCUGCGCCAACGUGAUCCAAGCUCAGUUCUCUCAGCUCCUCCAGCUGGUCACUCCGUCCGGAGGUUGUCAGUGUGAAGGUUCUGCCGGACCCCCGGGAACGCCGGGGGCCCCCGGCCUGGAGGGGGGGCGCGGACCCCAAGGGCACCCGGGCCAGGACGGGCCCCGGGGCCACUCGGGGAUGCCAGGGCAUCGGGGCCCCCGAGGAUCUAAAGGCGACGCUGGACCAAUCGGGAUGAAGGGCGCCAGAGGAGAGGGGAGUGUCGGACCGCCGGGAGAGAUGGGACCUGCAGGUGUCCAGGGGCCGCGGGGCCAGGACGGCGUGGGGUCCCGGGGGCCACCAGGGGAGCCCGGGAAGCCUGGAGGCCACGGCGUCCCCGGGAAGAGGGGCCCGCCGGGGGCCCAGGGGGGCUGCGACAUGGCCUCCUGCUACCAGGCCUACAGCCAGCUGCGGCAGGAGCACUACGGCAAGGGGCCGUACCACUAGCGUGGUCCCCCCACCCCCCCCCUCAAACAAUUAACAUCUCCGCAAAGCCUUUGCCCUAAGAGGGGGUUACCAGAUCCUUAUGAGACACGCUGCUCAAGUCAAUCAAGUCCCUCUUAAUUGCAUCGCGGCGCUGUGUCAUAAGAUGUGGGGCCCUUUGAAGCCCACCUGGGUGGGCUUCAAAGGGCCCCACAUCUUAUGACAGUGCCCAUCGCUACAACCACCUGCAGGGCAAGGGAGAGCUCCCCAUGACCCCGGGGAAGAACAGAUGAGCUGUGUGUGUGGAGAGAAGCGCACCAGGGCAGGGCUUUAGCAGGUUCAGCAGCAGUCCGUCCUCAAGGUCAGUGGUUCCCAAACCACUCACCCCUGAAAUGAUUUAGGGCCAAAAAAAACCUUGUCUCAACCGACCUACACUCAGGACGUUCACACACACACACACACACACACACACACGCAUACAUUAUUGUGUCUCAUUGUGUCUUUUUGGUGGUCCUUGUUUUACCACCGAGCACAAGCCAGCGCUCGGUGUUCUUGACUCUGAUGAUGCAGAGAGAGACGCAAUAGGGAAGGACGGAGAUAUUCCUGUUAGAAGGGCUCAUUUCUUGAACCUUUAAACUCUUUGUGUCGUGCAUGUUGGUGCUAAGAUUCUUGAUACCUCACUGUUUUCUUCUGCUUUUUUGUCCUUUUUUUGGGCAUGAAUCUAUGAUUAGCUUAUAACUGUUAACGAGGUUACAAAUCUGGUGUGUGUGUGCGUGUGCGUGCGUGUGUGUGUGUGUGUGUGUGUGUGUGUGUGUGCGUGUGUGUGCGUGCGUGUGCGUGCGUGUGCGUGUGUGUGUGUGUGUGUGUGUGUGUGUACAUGCAUCAGAGCAGAUCAGAGAAGUGUCCACUCUUCAGCCUCUCCCCAUUAGUGUUGAAUCACCCCCAUGCUCUGCUAUUGCGUAACUCUCCGGGGUUGGUCGUCACAAGCCGUGUUCAAGCCAAGGCCACUGCCAUUUAUUAUUGGGACACAAAUGAUGUUUGAAUUCAAAGAUCAAGGGUGCAUGUCCUCUCCUUUUUUAAACCCAAUGUUCAGCUUGUUAGAAUCUCUUUUGUGCUUGCAAAUCCAAUGCUGUGAUUUACCACAUAUCUGUUCAGUCAGAAUCAGAUAUUCCUCUUCCCUGGCCAUACCCCGUGAUCACGCAGAGGGCAACAUGCCCAAUCCAGUGCACCGUUUACCUCAGCCACCCCCAAGACAUCAGCAGCCUGCAUGUUUGAAUUCAUCCAGCCGGCCCCCUCUACCUGCAGAUCCCCACUCCAUCCCAUCAUUUCCAGGGUAAAGGGACCCUAAGAUGCACUCAUUUCCCGUACCGAUGUGUCAUUAUUACCAACAUUGCUCUUUCAUCACGUGUGACGAAGAUAACAUCCUCUGGAACUCUUACACUGGAGAAGAGCGACCCAACUCAAGGGUAAACCUGGUAAAGACAGACACCUGUCUGUGUGUGACAUCCAACAUUACUUUAAUCCUUUACCCGUUCCACAGGUGUCACGGUGUGGACAUCCCCUCUCCAUGAGAUUGAAGGCAUUAUAUUAUCAUGAAUCGUCUGGAGCUGCUUUUGUUUUUAGUUUUUGGCUUUGCUUACAGUUGGUUUAACAACUGAUUGUUCCUCUGUUGGCUGUUUUUCCCAUGAAGAAAUGUUUUAGGAAAUUUCAUAAACUUUAUUUAACGUAAUGAACGUAAUUAAAUCGUUUUGGGGAUUGAGUGAUAUAAUGUACCUCCAAGAUAUCAUUUGGCUUUUUCUUUUAAGUAUUAUACUUAUUUAUUUACAUUUCCAACCCAUGUUAAGAUUUUGAAUCUUGUAAUGUACACUAAUGUAGAUUGAAUCUUGUAAUGUACACUUGAAGUAUUUGUGUACAUGUUUUGGUCAAUUUGUUAUAUUUUUUAUACUCUUUUCCCAUGAACAGUGAAGUAUUGCAGUUUGGCUGAACAAAGUACCACUGAUGCAUGAUCAAUGUGUCUUCUUCAAACAAUAAAAUUCUGUUCAUAUUCUGAAAUGCA